GAGAAGCAGAUCGCCAGCCUGACAGGGCUGCUGCAGAGGGUUCUGAGCCGGGGGCCCAGAGGCAGAGAGCCCGGAGAAGAUUGAGUCAGCCAGUGACUGCUCAGGAACUGACACUUUGACGCCAUCAGCUCCAUUGGCCCUGAUGCCGCCGCCGUCCUCCGCGGUCAACCAGCCGGUGACAGUGUCCCGCCUGCAGAUGCAACUCCACCUUCAAGGUCUGCAGCAGAACACCAAUGCGCUGCGCAAACAACUGUCUCAACUGCGCAACAUGCAGCUGGAGAACCAGGACUCAGUGCUGUCUCUGUUGAGGCAGACGGAAUCUGAGCUCAGUCUCAUGAUGUUGGAUGCCAUGCGCACCCAGGAGGACCCGCUCCAGAGACAGCGCCUCCUAGUGGAGGAGGAGAGACUCAAGUACCUCAACCAGGAGGAACUGCUAAUCCAACAGCUGCAUGACCUUGAGAAGUCAGUGGAGGAACUGCAGAGGAACUCGUCCAUCAACCACGGUCUGGUGACGGAGCAGGACGUGGAGCAGAAGAGCAAAGAGCUGAGGAUGCUGGGAGAGAUGCUCACUGAUCUGAAAAUUUGUUCUUCGGUCAGUAUGAGUCCUCAUGGGCUGCUGCUUCAGUCACAGCCGUAUUCAGAGGAAAAAAGCUGAGUACUGCUUCACUACACCCUCUCCUUCAGGCAUAAAUACAGUGGUCCCAGUGUUUUUUGGCCUCACUUUAGAAGACCCCUACACAUAGAAAGAAAAAGGUGCAGAAGAAGCAGCUGUGUAAGGAGAUACGAACCCAAAACCCAAGAAGCUACAGGACAAUACACCUUCACAGCUACAGAUUCAAGGAUCAACUUA